UUGUUAUCUUUUUGUAGCGUGCGACAGAUCCACGCGUUUCUAUACACCACUCUUCUCCUCCGAUUCUUUCCCUUCCACCGACAAACAAACAAUGGCGAACGGGGCGGCCGUUAGAUUGGAUCUGGACGGCAAACCGAUCAAGCCGCUCACGAUCUGCAUGAUCGGCGCCGGCGGAUUCAUCGGCUCUCACCUCUGCGAGAAGCUCCUGAACGAGACCCCGCACAAGGUGCUCGCGCUCGACGUCUACAACGACAAGAUCAAGCACCUCCUCGAGCCUGACACCUCCGAGUGGGCCGAGAGGAUCCAGUUCCACCGCAUCAACAUCAAGCAUGAUUCCAGGCUCGAGGGGCUCGUCAAGAUGGCAGAUCUGACGAUCAAUCUCGCGGCGAUCUGUACGCCAGCGGAUUACAAUACGCGUCCUCUUGACACUAUCUACAGCAAUUUCAUCGACGCUCUCCCUGUGGUUAAGUACUGCUCUGAGAACAACAAGCGUCUUAUUCAUUUCUCCACUUGUGAAGUCUAUGGGAAAACUAUUGGUAGCUUUCUUCCAAAGGAUCAUCCUCUGCGUCAGGAUCCUGAUUUUUAUGUACUCAAAGAAGAUACGUCUCCUUGCAUUUUUGGUUCUAUUGAGAAGCAGAGGUGGUCAUAUGCUUGUGCUAAGCAACUGAUUGAGAGACUUGUCUACGCUGAGGGUGCUGAGAACGGACUUGAGUUCACCAUUGUGAGACCGUUUAACUGGAUUGGACCUAGGAUGGAUUUCAUCCCUGGCAUUGAUGGUCCCAGCGAGGGUGUCCCUCGUGUCCUCGCGUGCUUCAGCAACAACCUUCUGAGGCGUGAGCCUCUCAAGCUUGUGGAUGGUGGAGAAUCACAGAGAACCUUCAUCUACAUCAAAGAUGCCAUUGAAGCUGUCCUCUUGAUGAUUGAAAACCCAGAGAGAGCCAAUGGGCAUAUCUUCAAUGUAGGAAACCCAAACAAUGAAGUGACAGUAAGGCAGCUUGCGGAAAUGAUGACUAAGGUCUACUCAAAAGUGAGUGGAGAGACGGCUAUAGAGAGUCCAACUAUAGAUGUGAGCUCCAAAGAAUUCUAUGGAGAAGGUUAUGAUGACAGCGACAAGAGAAUCCCAGACAUGACCAUCAUCAACCGUCAACUUGGAUGGAACCCGAAGACAUCUCUUUGGGACUUGCUUGAGUCGACCUUAACAUACCAGCACAGGACCUAUGCUGAAGCUGUUAAGAAGGCCACUUCAAAACCAGUCGCAUCUUAGAGGUCAUCAUCACCUCGAACCAUUUGGCGGCUACUAUUUCCAUUAUUUUUGUUUUUACACAAUAUUUCCCUUAAUAGGCCACUCACUCUAAGCGAAUGAUAUAUCAUAUGGUGGUUGGUUCUAGUUAAGGUUUUAUUGUUAUAUAGAGUAUUACUGUUAAUGUUUUUGAGUUCGUUGUUGAAGCUUUAUAUCUUUGUAUUUGUCCCCAAAAACAACUAAAAAAAAGAGAAUGGUUUGUUUAAAACU